UCUCGCUGAUAUAACUGAUACAAUUCUUCUGCCUGAUACAAUAAUUAUAGUUAUGUUUUGUAAAUUCACAAAUUGCAGCUAUUUUUCGUAAUUACUCUCCAAGCUAUAUAGCUAUUUACGAAAUGUUCUAAAAAAUAAUCCACCACUUUAUAGAGUAAAUUACAAGUGGUGAGAAAAAAGAGAGUACGAUGAUGUUGUUUGUUUAACGCGCUCUCGAUUCUAUCUGGCAAAUAAGGAGACACGAAAGAGAGCUAACUCACAAGGAAUUCUGUAGAUGACACCAUAGCCACAGCCUCCUAAUUUUUAUACCCAUUCAUUGCAUUUCACCUUUUCAUUUCGCCUUAUACACCACCAGAGAGAGGUAGGGUUUUUUCAGGAAUAUGAUCACCUAACGGAUUUUCAAUCUCCAAGGUUACCUUUUACCUUCAAUAUCCUCAUUUUCCUCCCCACCGGGUAUUCUUGUCCCAAGCAAAUACUACUAGUAUCCAUAAUUAGGGUUAGGGGGAUGCGUAUGGAAGCAUCCGGUACAAAUGCAGACCCUCACAGAGCUACAUCUUCGUCUGGUAGAAGAUAUGGAGUCCAGUUAUCUGCUUCCAACUUGUUAUGUUGGCCAUUGUCUACACUCUUAGAAUAUUCCGGGUUUCUUAGUAGGCUGCAAUCCACUAAUUCUGAUGAAUCCGAUAAUGUGACCUACCGAGAUGAUUCGGGGGCAUUAUCGACUACUACUGGCGAGGUUGCCAUUAGGAUUAUUGGUGCUACUGAUCAAGAACAUAACACAGUCGGUGGGCAAAAUGAAGCAGUUGUGCAACCGACCGGGUCUGCAGUGUCAGUGGGGGAGGGAGAGGUAGCAUCGCAGGCCGAUGUGGGGCCCACUGAGAGUAAUAAUAGUAAUAGGGAUUCUUCUUACCAAAGAUAUGAUAUACAACAAGCCGCUAGGUGGAUCGAGCAAGUUCUCCCCUUCGCUUUGCUUUUGUUGGUUGUUUUCGUUCGCCAGCAUUUGCAAGGUUUUUUUGUUACAAUAUUGCUCGCCGCUGUCAUGUUCAAGUCAAAUGAUAUUGUAAAAAAGCAGACAGCACUUAAGGGCGAGAGGAAAAUAUCAGUUCUGGUGUGCAUAUCUCUUUUCUUCACUGUUCAUGUAAUUGGGAUUUAUUGGUGGUACCGAAAAGAUGAUCUUUUAUAUCCAUUGCUGAUGCUUCCGCCGAAGACGAUACCCCUCUUUUGGCAUGCGAUCUUUAUAAUAAUGGUGAAUGACACUUUGGUUCGCCAGGCAGCAAUGGUCUUUAAAUGUUUUCUGCUAAUGUAUUACAAGAACAGCAGGGGCCAUAACUACCGUAAACAGGGACAAAUGCUAACUUUGAUUGAGUAUCUUCUACUGCUAUAUCGUGCUUUGCUGCCAGCUCCUGUUUGGUAUCGUUUCUUUUUGAACAAGGAAUAUGGUGGCCUCUUUUCAUCAUUGAUGACUGGGUUGUAUCUAACUUUCAAGCUCACUUCUGUCAUCGAGAAGGUCCAAUCCUUCUUCACGGCAUUGAAGACCCUGUCACGUAAAGAGAUUCACUAUGGAGCAUAUGCGACUUCCGAACAGGUCAAUGCAGCUGAGGAUCUAUGCGCUAUUUGCCAGGAGAAAAUGCAUGCCCCAAUCUUAUUACGUUGUAAACACAUAUUUUGCGAAGAUUGUGUAUCUGAAUGGUUUGAGAGGGAGAGAACAUGCCCUUUAUGCAGGGCUUUGGUAAAAUCUGCCGAUCUUAAAUCAUUUGCUGAUGGUUCAACUAGUCUCUUUUACCAGUUAUUCUGAAGGGAUAUUUGUUAAUGUGAGGGAGUUUCUAAUUUAAAGCGGCCAGCUCUGCUUAGACCAGCUAUGUCGGAUCUCCAUCAGCAGAAAGAGAAAUUGACAUUCCAUUCCGUAGGACUCUGAUUUUCCCCUUCCAGAAAUUGGAGUGGCUUGUCACGAUUUUUGAGGCCAUUGUUUAUUUGCUGAUCCAUAGGAGCAGCAGCUGUUGUUCAUAUGUUUAUAAAUGAAAACUGUAUGUAUUGGUCCACUAGUCAACAAAACUAGCAGUUUUAAAACUCAUAGUGUAGCUCAUUUUUCAUAUACUAUAUGUACUUUAUGUCCCAAUAGGAGUUAUGAUUAACUGAUUA